CCCCCUCUCUCUCCCUCUCUCAUUUCUUUACCCUUUCUCUCUCUCUCUCUCUCUCUCUCCAUCUCUCUCUUGUUUCCCACCGUACUGCUCCGCUUGCGCAAAGCGAAAGCAGCAUCGGAAAGUCUCAGGCAGCUCCUGCUCUGUUCACGCUUCACUUCACAGCGUGUCAGCAACGGAGAGGGGAGGGAGGAGACGAGAGAGAGAGUGAGGGGGCGAGGGAAACCCGAACCCAUGACUUCCGCGUAUUUUCCUCUCUCUGGUCUCGCAUCUCAAGCCACCCUGAGUGGUAUAAAAAGACCUGGGUUAUGCUGCUUCAUUUCAAACUCAGAGCAGGAACUUAAUAGCCUAUAUGCCGCCCAAUCCAGUUCGAUUUGGAUAUUAAAGAAUUUACCGGUAAACCGAAGUCAUAACGUGGUUAGCCAACGUCCGAAGAAGGAUUUUACAUGUUUUGGGGUCCUCUUGUUUUCUUGCAGUGGACAGUUCUUCUGGCCCGGUUCUUCUGACCGACUCGUAAAACGGAUAAUUCUGUAGAGCUUCUGGGAUCGACACACUCACCCACUCCAGUUUCCUUCUGGAACUCUGUGUGUUCACCGGGAACCCGAGAUGGAUGUGGAAUCUCAGAGGAGCGCACGCCCCCGUGCACGGUGCCUGGACGUUUUCUUGGUCGGUUCUGUCGUUUUGCUCUUCCUGGCGGUGGCGACAGUUGUUGUCAUGGGAACUUUGGCUCUUGUGGAGCUACGGUCAGAGAUCGGGGUUCAACCUUAUGUUGUGGAUUUGCAAGGUACAUCGGAGACGCACCAUGGCGUGCCCCGUCCCAAGCCCGCGUACAAGAUGCAGAACUUGGCCUACGUGCAGCUCACCUCCGCCACGAUGGAGAACAGCACAAUGUCCUGGUCCCAGGUCGAACAUGGACAGGAGUCCUCUGUUGGAGAUCUGUACAAAUACAACCUUCAGCAACAUACAUUACAAACCAAGCAGGAUGGCUUCUACUUCCUGUACCUGGACCUCCAGCUCACCUGUACCGCCAAAUGUGGGCGGGGCAUCCUCGUCGUCCAGCUUGCAAGUCACGGUGACGAAAAGCUCACCUGCCAGGUGGAGCUCCCAGAGUGGUCAGAGUCAAACCCUGUGACAACGGUAACCAGGAAGUGCUGGAAGGUGACACGACUGGACUCAAAGAGCCGGUUGAUGGGCCGUAUGGUAGUGCCGAAAGCGCAGAACACGUUCUGGAAACUGGACGGGAACGGAUCAGGAAUGGGAGUUUUCUUAGUGGCUUGAUAUGGGCCACGUUCAGUACGGUCAACUUUGUGAAACUUUGCAGAUCGAGAUGCCGUGAACAGAGCUGACGCUAUUCCUUCGGUAAGAUGUCGCGGAGGCAGAACGUUCUACAUUGCUACUAUCUGAACAUUCCCGAAACGUUGCGUCCUACUGAACGCACCCCUGGGAUGGAAGUUAGGGCUCCGCCACAGACAAAGGGAAGGAGACGAGAAAAGGAAGCGAGCCAAGGGUACUGAGAUGCACCCCAUCUAGGAGAACUUGCAGACAGAGAGUCGUCCCACCAUACACUGUUUGUGGACUUUGACCACUGUCGCUCAGGGCAUCUCCAUGGAAACAAUUUAAACUAAACAAUUCAGGCCUAUUUAUAUGGAUAUUUAUUGAAUGUAUAUAUAUUUAAUGUAUAAACAUGAUGUGUAUUUAUAUAUUUGUCCUCAGGGUUACAAUGUGUUGUUUAUUGUCAUGUGUAGAUGCCACUACGUUGGUGCUGGUGUGUUUGAGGGGAGAAUUGUGAAGUGUGUGUGGGGGGGGGGGGGGGCAGACUUGUGCC